AUGGUGGCGAUUACGGCUACGUACCACCGGGGAAUCGAAAUUCCGGUUUGGUUCAACGUCCAAUGUGGUGGUAAACCACGCCUCUCGGGCCGCACCGGAGAAUUUGGUGCAGCAACAUCCGAUGAUCGUGGCUGCCUGCCCUCGGGGACCAUUGAAACUCUCCCUAUGUUGAAGGACGUUCCAGUGUCCGAACGCCAAAACUUGUUUUUGAGGAAAUUGCAAAUUUGUUGCUUCCAAUUAAAUUUUUUUGGAAAUACUGAAAAUGCAUCUCAUGAAAAUACAGGUUCAGAAAAUAUGGAGCCGGAAGAGGAGGAUCCAUAUCUGGAGCCCUCAUGGCCACAUUUACAGCUUGUGUAUGAGUUGCUUAUGCGGUAUGUUGUGUCCUCUGAUACGGAUACGAAGGUUGCCAAGCGGUAUGUUGAUCAUUCAUUUGUGUUAAAGCUACUUGAUUUGUUUGAUUCUGAGGACCCCAGAGAACGGGAAUAUUUGAAAACUAUUCUUCACCGAAUUUAUGGGAAGUUCAUGCAGCUGUCGUAUUGCAUUACUCAGUUUGUUGAAAAGGACUACAAGUUGGCGGAUACUGUAAUAAGAGAAGGAAGUUCUCUUCUAGGGGAACUUGAAGAAGUGCUGGAGGCAACUCAGGCUGCUGAAUUUCAGCGCUGCAUGGUACCUCUUUUCAGACAGAUAGCUCGUUGCCUUAGUAGCUCUCACUUUCAGGUUGCAGAAAGAGCCCUCUUUCUGUGGAAUAAUGAGCAUAUUGUGAGCUUGAUUGCCCAGAACAGAAAUGUCAUAUUACCAAUCAUUUUUGAGUCACUGGAGAAGAAUAUUCAGUCACAUUGGAACCAGGCAGUUCAUGGUCUCACUGUUAAUGUUCGAAAAAUGUUUUUGGAAAUGGAUACCGAGUUGUUUGAGGAGUGCCAGAGGCAGUAUGCAGAGAAAGAGGCCAAGGCCAAAGAGUUGGAGGAGCAGCGGGAAUUAAAAUGGCAGAGAUUGGCAGCUGCUGCAACACUAGGAGGCUGA